AUGGAGAUGAGGAAGAGGAAACCGAAGGUUGCAUCGGCGGAUGAAAUUUAUGAGUACCCCAGUUUUUUUAGAAAGCGGCAAGAGCGUAAGGGGAGAAGCAGCAAAAAUGGUAGAAAUGGCCAAAAUGGGCGAAGCGGUGGAGUCGGAGAAGACGCCGAUGGCGCCCCUGCUGAGGGCCACAAGAGGGAAGACGGCAGGAUAGGCGACCCCCCAGGGGGCGUCCCUUCUGAUAAAUUGGCAGCGGAUGGGGUGGUCCACGAAAUGGAAGACUUUCUGGGGGGAGUCCAGAAUGAAAGAAGUGGACGUAGGCGACGGGAUAAAGGUGCCAAGCUCUCAGGUGACUACCACUCAGGUGAUUACCCCUCAGGUGUGCCUAACUGUGCCGAGGAGCAGAGCAGCAUUCACGAAGACGAAGACGAAGACCACAUGGAUAAUGAUGAAGGCAAAUUGAGCGACGAGUGGGAUGACCAGCAGGAGCACUACACUGAUGACAGUCUGUUUGACCUCUCCUCGCAAAAUGCCCUUUACAAACCGCGAAACUAUGAGUGCAGGAAGAAAAAAAAAAAAAUGAACCACGAGGCGAAGCGCUUAGUUGAAAAAGAAAAAUGUGGAAAGGGGAAAAGGAAGAAGCUCAAAAAUACCCUAAGUGAUCGGUUUAGAAGUUUCGUGGAUGAAGGGCAUUCCCUACACUACGAUGUGGAUCUGUUUCACCACUUGAGUUGUCUGAGCGAGAGGAAAAGUGACCCACUCGAUUGGCAAGGGGACCAAGGUGCACACGCCCUGAUAAGCUCCAUCAUAGACGAGCUCGUAAAGAAAACUCACCAGAAAAGGGAAAGAAAAGACCCCUCAGUUAAGACAAACCAGCAGUGUAGCCACAAUUCUAACGCAGCGGUAAAGGGGCACCAUAACCAAAAUGACAUCAACAUAAAGGAAAGAAUUUCAUUCGAACAGAUAAAAAAUUAUGAUGAAACGAAUUUAAGGCAUAUGUUCUUUAUGGAAAAUAUUAACAUAGACUACAACGGAAGGAAGGUGCAACUCUCCCCAUUUGAAAGUACCAUAAUUGGGGAGACUGCAGUGGCGAUGGGAAGUGGUAGGGUGAGCCUAACCAAGCGCAAAAAAUCGAAUGCCAAAAAGGAGAUCAAUCGGAGCAAGUGUGUUAACCAUGGGAACAGUUCUCCAUGCGGAGGGGUGCAGCAGUUGAAAGUAUGUGUAAACCGCAGGAUGGACAAUUUGCUAAGUUCCCACAUUUGCUUAAAUGACCAUCAUUUUUCGCUUAACUCGGAGGGGAUCCAGUUUUUGUAUUUUCUUCUCCUGUGCGAUUGGCUAUAUGGCGGUUCGCACGCGAACGGGGAGGACAACUCUGAGAAAGGCACCAGGAGGAACCACUCACAGGGGGAAGAACAAAACGAUGUAGAUGGUGCACUGGAGAAACCACAUGGGGAUGACCCACCCUGUGGAUACUUCAACUGGAAGAAAAUCAUGACAAAUAUGGAAGCCGAAAUGGAGAAAAUGGGACAGGAGCAAAAUAUCUUUUUAAGUCUCUGUGCUCCGGUAAUUCACUUGGACUUUAGCGGUGGUGUCAAUUUUGUGGACUGCCUGAAGGAGGUGCUAGAAGGGUCGCUACCAAAUGGGGUAGCCACCUUCGAUAAUGACAGGGUGGUUAUGCCAAGUUAUAAGAGUGAUGGGCUCCGCACCAGGGGGAGGAAGCAAGCACAGAGGGGGCACGAUUGGGAGGAUCCCAUUCAGAACGAACAGAAGGACCCCUUGCUGCACGAUCGGGGGGAUCCCUCUUUGCAAGAACAGGACCCCUUGCUGCCCGAUCGGGAGGACCCCCUUCCGCACCACCUGAUGGACGACCUGCUCAAAAUCUGUGCGCAAAUGUUCGAGGGGAGCUUCCUAGCCGUUAGCACGUGCAGCUACCUAAACAGCUACAUGUUUCUGAGCUCAGAGAAGAGGAGCCGGAAUUUUAUUUUUAUAUUUUUCGUGUCGCCAUGUUGCAGCAAGCCGUUGCUUUUCGACAUCGUGGAGGUGAGCCACAUGUGCAAGAAGGUGGAGUGGGUUAAGCUUCCCGGGGAGAUAAGCGGCGAGGUAGGCGGGGAGGUAUGCCUCCAAAAGAGCAGCGGAAGGGACAGCGGGGACGCCCCCAAAGAGCGCACCGCAAACGGAAGGCGCUUGCACCUGCACCUGCUGCUCUGCCUAGUGGGGAACGAGGUAAGCAUCUACGCCAUUCCGAAGCAGCACCUACUCCCCAAGCUGUACGACUCGGCAAAAAAUGAACCCCCCCCUGUAGAAUCAACAGAAUAUAUAAAGCAAAAAAUUGCGGACACGAAAUUCGAAAAGGUCUUCUCGUACCACGAUGAGGAAGCGCUCGCCGAUUUUUCCUACACCAUUUGUGUACAAGACAAUCAGAGGUUUUUAAAAAUUGCCUUAACGUUUAACAGCACGAGGGUGAAAGUGUUGAGUGUCUAUUUGAGGGAGAUAAGUAGGCAUGCGAAGAUCACCCACUUUAUCGAAAGGGAGGAGACUACGAAUGCGUGUGUGCAUACCUGUGCGGAUUAUUUGCUCAGCCAUUUUAAGAACCCACUAGGGGGGGGUAGCGGCGUGGAGAAGGGGGCCAGCCAUAGGGGGGAAGCACCCUUAGAGAGAGAGCCUCUACACCCAAAUGAACUUCCCCAAUCAGGGAAAGACACCCACUGCGUGGCCUUUCACGAAGAUAUCCUGCACCUGCAACAAGGCAUCAUAUCCGUGUGCUCAUUUUACCCCUGCCUCAAUUCCUACCUCCUGUGUGUUAGCUCCAAGGAAGGCGAAAUGACAAUCAUAGAUAUAGGGAGCAACAAGGAACUUUAUUUUUUCAAACGGAAGACAGAAAGUGUAACUCACAUGAGGUGGUAUGAAAAUAGCUGCCUAUCCUUUGGGCAAGAAAAAGGAUGCAUCAUUCAUCUUUUCGAGGGUAAAUAUUUUUUAAAUAUCGAUAAGGAUUGGACUAGCCAAAUAGACAUCAUAUGCAUACAUAGCUGUCUCCUCAACGACAUGCAUCUGUUUCUGUUUGAUGAUGGGACUGUACUUAGGGGGAAGUUGAAGGGGAACUUGUCUAAGGUUAAAAUUAGUGAAUUGUUUCUGUGGAAGACGCCAAAUUUUCAGCUGGACCCCGAGGUGCUACUAAGCAUUAGUGAAGAGAAGGGAGACGAAACUGAGUGCGUGGCGCGCAUACUGUUGUAUGAGUACCUGCAGGGGUUGCAGAGCAUUUUCAGGAACGGGGUGAAGAUUGGGAAGUCCAAGGCCGUCGAGGCGAAUGCGCGCGAGAAGACGAUAGCCCUCACGCCCAGGUGCGUAUCCAUUGCGAACAUGGGCCCAAAGUAUCUAAUCGCGUACGGAAAUGGGAGCGGUUUGAUUCACGUCUUUUCGAGGGAAAAGGGUCCGGACGCGAACGGCGCGGGGUGA